AUGGAAUGGCCAGAUGACAGUGAGAGGUGUGAGAAAAAGUCUUUCCUGUAUGAGAUUGUGGUAAAUCAAUGGAAUGGCGUUGAUGUGCGCAAAUGGGACUAUUUUGCACGAGACUGUCAUUACCUCGGCAUCCCAAACAGCUUUGAUCCUCAGCGUCUGCUGAAAUCAGCUCGAGUGUGUGAGGUGAAGGGGGAAAAACACAUCUGCUACAGAGACAAGGUGGCUGAUGAUAUUUAUGACAUGUUUCACACCAGAUACACUCUGUACAACCAGGCCUACCAGCACAAGAUCGUCAACAUCAUUGAAGAAAAAAUCUCUGAAGCCCUCAUAGCAGCAAAAGACAAGAUCACAAAGCUCUCACCAAUUCCUGAAGCUGAAUUACAAAAAGAUAUCAAGAGGAAGAUCUUAAAUAUUCAAAACAAUGAAAAAGGUGGUGAGAAACUAACAGCAAUGAAAGAAUUCAUCAAACUGACCGGUCAGUUAAAAACAUGA